CUCAGCAGCACCACAACAAACAUGGCGUCAGGAGGCGGUUAACGGUGAAGAAGCAUUUGGAAAUCCUUCAAAAGCAUUUUAAUUAUUUCUUUUACUUAAAUUCUGAUAAUAUCGGCGUGUUCCGAUCUUGACAUGGAGCCCGUUCCGUUUCCAGAGGAGGUUCCGGAGAGGAAAGUGUGUGUUGUUGGGUCGGAGCUGGUGGAAAACUACACAGUCUACGUCAUUGAUGUGACUGAUGGAGAGCACAAGUGGACUGUAAAGCACCGCUACAGUGACUUUCAUGACCUCCAUGAGAAGCUCACAGCAGAGAAGAAAGUCGACCGACGGUUACUUCCUCCAAAGAAGAUGAUCGGUAAGAACUCAAAGAGCCUCGUAGAGCGGCGGCAGAAAGAGCUAGAGCUUUACCUGCAGACGCUGCUGCAGCAAUUCCCACAAGCCACACCCACUCCGCUCGCCAUCUUCCUGCACUUUCACCUCUAUGAGAUAAACGGCAUCACAGCAGCACUAGCUGAAGAGUUAUUCCAUAAAGGUGAGCAGCUGCUGCAGGCUGGUGAGGUGUUUUCCCUCCAUCCUUUGCAGCUCUACUCCGUCACCCAGCAGCUUCGUCUGGCCAAACCAACCUGCUGUAACGGAGAUGCCAAAACCGACCUGGGACACAUCCUGGACUUCACCUGCAGGCUGAGAUAUCUCAAGGUGUCUGGUACCAGAGGUCCAGUCGGAACCAGUAACAUCGAGGAGACAAGUCUACCCUUUGACCUCUCGAUUUUUAAAUCACUGCUUCAGAUAGAGAUCAGUGAGUGCAGCUCUCACCAGAUUCGAGGUCUAUCAUCUCUGAGGUCGAGUCUGGCAACUCUGAGUAUACACCGCUCCACGGAAACUAUGAUGUCAAUCUUGGUUCCUGAGGCGAGCGAGUUCUCACAGUGGGAGGCAGAGGGGGCGGAGUCUGGCUGUCCUGUCACAGCUGUUAUACCUGUCUGGAGAAACCUAACCACACUGGACAUGAGUCACAAUUGCAUCAGCUCCAUCGACAGCUCAGUGAAACUGAUUCCAAAGGUUGAGUUCCUGGAUCUGAGUUACAACCAGCUGUCCACGGUGGAAAACCUGCAGCAUCUCUACAACCUGGUCCAUGUGGAUCUGUCCUACAAUAGCCUGCGAAUCCUUGAAGCUGCUCACACUCGUCUGGGAAACAUCAAAACCCUCAACCUGGCUGGAAACCAGCUGGACCAGCUGACCGGCCUCACCAAACUCUACUCUCUGGUCAACCUGGACCUCAGUCACAACCAGCUGGCACAGCUGGAGGAGAUCAGGAACAUCGGCUCUCUGCCCUGUCUGGAGAAACUCAACCUGUCCAGUAAUCCCAUGUGCAUCAUCCCAGACUACAGAACCAAAGUCCUGGCCCAGUUUGGAGACCGCGCAGCAGAGGUUUGUCUGGACAGUAAAGUGACCACAGAGAAGGAGUUGGACACGGUAGAAGUGUUGAAAGCCAUUCAGAAAGCCAAAGAAGUCAAAGACAGGAAGAGCAUCGGAGACAAGAAGAUCAGUGAGGAGACCAGGCUGUCUGCACCUGCACCUCCUCACCUCUCCUCUUCCUCCUCCUCCUCUCCUCCCUCCUCCUCCUGCUGCUCCUCUGCUGCUGCUCCUCCUGCUGUUACCUCCUCUUGUUCUUCCUCCUCCUCCUCUUCCUGUCCGGCCCAGCAGGCUGCCUGCCCCAGCCAAGAAAUGACAAGCAGUGAAGAAGCCCCCGUUUCCCCUAGUGUCCUCCCUCCUGUGGACGCUGCACCUCCCCCUGCAAGCUUUAACACAAACACACAACUCCUGUCUGUUGACCCCGAGCAGGUACAACAACCUGCUGUCAGUCUGUCUGAACACUCUCAAUAUGGAGCUCCUACAAGUAUUACCCCUGUUAUAAUGACUACAGCUUCUUCUUCUUCUAUUUCUGUCUGUUGUGUCUGCUCCGCUUCCUCCUCCAGACCAGAGGAAACAACCUGCCUGACCUGCAGCUUAGCCUGGUGUCCUCUACUACCGUCUCAUCUGCUCUCUUUCUCCUCCUCCAACAAAGACUUCGUUACCCAGCUCUCCCAUCUACUUAGGUCCGCCCUGAAGGAGCAAAAGACGAAGAAGGAGGAGGAGGCAGAGACAGAUGAAGAGAGGGAGGAGGGGGAGAAGAUGACGUCAGAAUCCAUGGAGGUUCAGGUCCAUGUGGAGGGCACUGAGGUGGAAAUUCCCAGCCCAGGCUCGAGGGACGGAUACUUUGAGAUGGGUCUGGAUGACUCAGUUGAGGAGUCUGUCUGCUCCUCCUCCACAUCCAUAACCUGCCCUCCUGCAGAAGAGCCCGUUAGCCAGCAAGGGGAGCUAGGUGAAGAGGAGGAUGAGGAAGAGGAGGUGAAGGUCAGCAGAGUUCUGUGGUGCUACUGUCUACAGGUGAAGGAGGAGGUGGAGCAGAAGAAGGCAUGUCUGGUGCUGACAGAUCACCUGUUUGGUCUGCUCUACCUCAGAGAUGAUUUCACUUGGACCAAUCAGGACACAGACCAGGAGCAGGCCCCAACGCUGGAGGUGGUGCUGUCAAACCUGCAGGUGGACCUCUUGCUGCCAUAUUCCCAGCUCCUGCUCUCAUCCCAUUCAGAGCUCCCAGACUCCUGCCUUGCCCUUGGUUGCCAAGAUAAGCCCACACGCUAUUACAUCUUCUCUGAGUAUGAGGUGCUCCAGGAGACCAGGACCGAGCUGACAGGACUGAUGCAGGCAGUGGGGUCUCAGACCGAACCGGAGCCCACCAACAGUCCUCAGUUCCUCCCUCGCUCUCUCAUCAACUCCUGGGAGCUGGAGGAGAGUCAGGGAGCCAAAGGAGGAUAUCCUGCCCUCCUCCUCUCCUCCUCAGACACAGACCGCCACCAUCUCCUGUCAGACAUUUUAUCAAAGAAUGAAGAGCCCAGCCUCCCCUCUCUCCUCUUCCUCACCCACCGACACCUCUGGGUGCUGAAGAUUGACUUUAAAGAGCUGUCAGAAAGAGAGCAGAAGAACACAGAUCCUCAUCAACCCUCCUCAUCCUCCUGCUGCAGGCUAGUCCGUGUCCCCCUCGGCUCUGUAGUGCUUCACCCCAAAGAGAGGGCUUCUCAGGUGGGGGACAGAAACAGCAACGCCUCCUGUCAAGACCCAAAACACCAGAGCAGGCAGAGUCACAGUGUGGAGCUGCUGCUGGGUGGUCAAAGGCUGCUACUGCUCCUUCCUCUGGCCCAGGACAGGUGCUCUUUCCUUGGAGAGCUGAACCAGCAGAGAGACUCUCUAGAGGGGCUAAAGAUGGUUGCCCUGCCGCAUCCCUGCACACCAUGUCCACACCAGGGACAGCAUACACAAGGCUGCUGUCGAUCCAGAGAUCAGUGCUGUUGUACCACCAACAGGAAAUCCCACAGCAGCAGCUGGGAGUCCUCCCACCCUCAGUUGGAGGAGAACCAGCCUUCCCCCCACCUCCUGCCAGGUCUCUCCCCAGGACUGAAGCUCCUGUCUGGGCUCCAAGGACAGCAACUACUCACCUACUUCCACAGACAUAUAGCAAUGUCGGAGGCUGAGGAGGUGAAGCAGGUCUUGUGGCUGUCAGUAGUUCUCUACAAGUCUCCUGAUUCUGAGCUCACCUGUUGUCUGCUGCUCUCCACCAACACAAUCUACUUCCUGUUAGAAGACUCUGCCUCCACGCUCGGGCAUAACUCAGUGUUGGACACAAUGGACUCUGGUGAUCCUGACGUCUCUCUGUGCUGCUGUCUGUCCAUCAGACUGUCUGAUCUGCUGUCUGUUAAUGUGGGACUGUUCGACCAGUACUUCAGAGUCGUAGGUCGUUCAGCCGAUCACAUUGUGUGCUGUCUCAGCAGGGAUAGUUAUGGGACUAGUGUCUUCCUUCAGGAGCUGAUGUCGGCUCUCAGUUUACAGCAGCAGCUUCCUCCACCAGAGCCGUCAGAUCAGGACUUUUACUCCCAGUUCACCAACACUAACACCGGUAAAAUGCAGAACUACGAGCUGGUCCACAGCAGCAGGGUGAAGUUUAUUUAUCCCAGUGAGGAGGAGAUGGGAGACCUGACCUUCAUCGUGGCUGAGAGGAAGACUUCAGCAAAUGCAGCAUCCUCAUCCACACGCUCCUUUAAUGUCCUGCUGUACCUGUUGGUGUUUCAGGUCCAGGUUCCCAGCAGCCAGCCCAUCCAGGUCUCCUCGGUAUCAGGUCACCCUCCUCCAUCUCCAGUCCUCCAGCCCAGGACUCUGAUCCUGACCAGCACCGACGUCUUCCUAUUGGACGAGGACUACGUCAGCUAUCCUCUGCCUGACUUUGCCAAAGAACCACCCUCCAGGGAGCGUUACCAGCUGCGUGAAGCUCGGAGGAUCAGGGACCUGGACCGGGUCCUUUUGGGGUACCAGACCUACCCUCAGGCUCUGACUCUGGUGUUUGAUGACCUGCCAGGUCCCGACCUGCUCUGCCACCUCACCAUGGACCACUUCACUGUGGGAGGGGAGGAGACUCCGCCAAGAGGUGGAGGAGCCAGCGGGGGAGCAGAGGGCGAGGUCCAGUGGUGCGUGUUUGUUCCCGGAGCUGACAGCAGAGAGAGGCUGAUCUCGCUCCUCGCUCGCCAAUGGGAGGCGCUUUGCAGUCGGGAGCUUCCUGUGGAGCUCACCGGUUGAGCACGAGAGACAGACGGUGACUGCUCAGCAUCUUGUUUGUUUUUGGGAGCUGAUUGGAGGGUGGAGUCAGGGUAAGACAGGGAUAAUUUCUGAUUCAGGGAUUAAUUUAGCUUUUAAGGCCUCAGUAUGCUUCAGACUCAGCUGUUAUCUGACUACGUAUGAGGGGGAAGUACAGUUGAGCUGCUCAGAAAGUCAUAGAAGCGGGGAAAGGCAGAAAGAUUUAACGAAACCUAGAUAAGACGCACACUUCCAUUCUCUCCCUGAAGGCAGUAAGUUUAUGAAGUUGUGAUAAGAAAGACAAAAAUAGAGCCUAGGAUAGAAGUUAUGUCUUGUUUACAGCAUGAUUUUUCAGUGGUUUGAUGCUCUGACUUUGGAGGGUCCUUUCAGUAUAAAUGUGAACCAUGCAUAAGCUGAAACUCUUAUGCAUGGUUUAGAUUUUUAGAAAUGAAGUCUCUGCUUUGCAUUUAACCAGACCUUUGAUUUCAAAUUAACCUGUGGAGAUAAGCCAAUAUAUCUCAGAGAGAUCUGAUGCCUAUGACAUGGCAUCAUACAGUGUCAUUCAAAUAAGUGUUUUUUUUCUCUGCAGCCGCUUGCUGCUGAAACGGUCCUAUACUCCUGCACUCAAAGUCGAUGGUUGCGCUAUGCUACCACAUUGACAAAAUGCCUUCACAGAGAUGGCUCAGCUGCUAUGAACAUGGGUUAGGGAUAGUAAUAACUAAGAAGCAUUUUAAAAGGCCAGUGAUGAUAUUUGAGUGUCUUUAUACAAUGUACUGCUAAUUACCACUCUCAAAAGAGCAGAAAAUAUAAACCAACAAGUGGGGGGGACACCUGUACAAUUUUAGAGCAGUGAAGAACUGAUUUUAGUUUAUCAUGUAAAGGUUGCAAACACCAAAAAUGUCAGCAUUUUGUUGGUAAUUCUCAAUAAUUUGUUUAUCCAAUUAUGAAAAUCUUGGGUUUUUGCUCUACUGUUGCAGAACUGAAUAUGUUGUACACAAGUGUUAAAUAAGUUCUCAUUUUGUAUGAAUUUUUUGAUAUAUUGCUAUAAGAUGCCACUUAAAUUGCCCAGUAAGCAAGUUUAGGCACCAAAGUAGGCACCUGGAAGGAAAAAACAAGCAAUUGUGUGAAGACCAAUGAAAAGUUGGUAUGAUGUUUUCUUUGGAGAAAUGCAAAUAUAGUCAGAGGUAGCCAUCCUAUUCAGCUGCUUGUAAACACUGAUGAAAGUUACUUCUGAUUUAGACGAUGCAACAAACUUUCAGUUUGAAGCAUACUGGGGCCUUUUAAUCGUAAUUCUUGGAAACAUGAAGGGAUCUAGCACUUCAGACACAUGGUUUGGCCUCCUCUUCAGACAACUAGAGACUUGGAGGGACUCAAUGAACGCCGGUCGGACAUUGCAGACAGAAGGAGGAGGCCUCAAAUUAAACUUCAAGUUUCUCCAUGGAGAUUUACUUACCACCUGGUUACAGACAGACAGACAGGCUGAUUUUGCACAGCAGGGGGCGCUGCAAACAGUCCACAGGAGUUAUACUGUAUUUUAAUUAAUGUUACUCAUAAGGAACAGCUUUCAUUUCUGCCAAAUCCUCUUGUCGAUGUUCCUCUCCAGAGUCAGAUUUGAAUAAAGUUUUCAUCUCUGUGUUUCCAGGACAAAGCAACGUCUCGGACAUGUUAGCCUAGCUUAGCACAAAGAUUGUAAGUCAGGGGAAACUGCUAGCCUAGCUUCAUUACGAGAAAGAAAAAAUCCACUUUAAUGAACUCCAAAGCUGUUUGAUUUAUUGUUAUUUAUGUGAAGUUGCUCUUAAAACCAAAAAUCACUUUUAUAUAUUUACAUUUUUAUAUUAGUGGAGUCAGAUUCUGGGUGAGGAGACAAGAGGAUGAUCAGAAAUGUUGGACUGUUUUUUUUAAAUAGCACACAAAAAACAUGAACUGCUGCUCGGCACAAUCUGCUCUCUGAACAUUUUAUUCCUUGCACAUUGUCGUGGAUGAGGCAGUAUUAUUAAACUGUAUAUUGUUAUAAAUAUGAUAUUAAUAUAAUUUGUUGCUUUGGGACGGAUGUUUUCUAUCGUGACUCAGACUUUGUACUAAACAUGAAGUUCCUGUUAAUAUGUCCAAUAUGAAAUGUCAUAUUUAGUAUUAUCAUUGAGUGUUAUUUUUUAUAUUUUCUUUGUGUUUUAUGUUUUUUGUUUUUGUACAGUAAUAUCGACAAAUGGGAAUUCAGCAGAUGCUGAGCCCUCCCACUCUUCACCAGUGUUUACAUUAUAUGCUGUCUUGUUAAAGGGGAAUGCCACUGAAUUAAAGUGAAAAUCAUAAUGAGGAAGUUGGUGCAUUUGUUAU